AUGGCGGAGGGUAUGUCAAUUAUUGCGAAUAAAGUUCCUGGAGUUAAUGCUUUUCCAUGUCAAGAUGUUAAAACUGCUUUUGAUUCUCGUGGAAUUAAUAAUUCAAAUGUCUUAACUUUAGGAAGUAUGGUCACAAACAAUGAUAAUGCGAAGGAAAUUAUCGAAAAACAAGAUUUCCUUAAAAAUUCGAUGAAAGAAAUUCCAAAACUUAUUAGUAAUCAUUCACAUAUUCCUUAUUCAACUCAAGCAUUAAGUGGGGGAGAUGAACCAUCACAUCAUCAUACUCACGGUCAUGACGUUUUUGUUAUUCGUGGUCAUAAAACUGUUAAGAAUCUUACAACAGGUAUUGAUUAUGAUUUACGCCCUGGUGGUUAUUUGUAUACACCUGCUUCUCAAAUUCAUCAAGUAUUUUAUCAUGAAGUUAUUGAAUAUUGGUUUAUGAGGGAUAGUGAUGUUAAAAUAUUGUUUUUGGGGAGGACCAAAAAAAUAAUUUACCUUUGA